AUGGGAUGGGAACACGUUUGGCUCCUUGACGGCUAUCGUAUCCCCGAGAUCGGCUACGGCUCUUGGCUUAUCGGAUCCGGAUCGACUGUUGUAGAUCAAGUAAGUACAGACAUGGCGCCCGGCCCUCUGGAGGUGACGCCAUCGUGUGAACUAAUCAAUCUGGGCUUUGUGGGUCUGCUCUCGCUCGUUCUUGUUAGGUCGAGCAAGCGCUUGAGACGGGGUUCAAUCACUUGGAGUUAGUUCAAAGGUCUUUCGCUGGUCAUGCAUACCAGGAGCACAGGACUGGAACUGUAGUCCUGCCAGGGGACGAUGUGGAGGGACUUGGGACCGGAUGGCGCCCCCACACCAGCUCGAUCGUGAUCGGUCGUCGGAUGACCAACCUGAAAACCGCAAAAUUCUGACUCUGGCCCGACUCAUGGACUCUCCCCAGUACCGCGCAAAUCUAUAGGAACGAAUCCGAGGUAAGUGGUGUGACACUUUUUCAUACCUUCAUCUACCAAGUCGUAUAUGUAUACUGACGAAAAGCUUUAACUCGCAUCAGGUCGGCGAUGGCCUCAAAGCGAGCGGUCUCGAGAGGAAGGACGUCUGGGUCACGACCAAGUGGUCAGUCAGGGAUCCGCUUCUUAGUUCUAAGGUGACCUGACCUGCUGACUGGGGCAACGUCCUCCCCUGACUCAGGAGUGGCAAGGACGGCAAGGGUAUCCGAGCGAGCAUCAACGAAUCGCUCGAAUUCGUCAGUUCUGCAUUGAGAUCACCUGAACAAAAGCGUAACGACACUGAAAGGAUGUAUACUCUUCCGCGGUUUAGCUGAAGCUCAAGUAUGUCGAUUUGUACCUCAUCGUAAGUUGAUCUUCUUCUUGCCCUCACUCAGGGGCUCAGAAUUUGAUGUCGUGGUGGACUGACUUGAUGCGACUACUUUACCUCACGACGUGUAGCACUCCCCACGACUCGCGAAAGCCGAUCCGGUCGCAGCAUGGGAAGAAAUGCUCGUCUUGAAGAAAGAAGGGCUUGCUCGUAAGGUAUCACCUCGAGGGUUACAAAUUCAAAGCCCAGUGCUGAUGAAAGCUCGAGCUUUACCACUGUUUGUUCUCGCUACCAGAUUCUGUCGGCGUCUCGGUAAGUCACAACCCUAAUAGUCUUCAAGCUCCUCCCUGCAUGUACUGAACCCAAAUUCCGUGCAUUGGACAGAAUUACGAGAUCAAAGACCUUGAAGUGCUGCGUGAAGCGGGCCUGGCGACACCUGUCGUCAACCAGAUCCUGCUUCACCCCUACGUUUACGACAACCAAAAGGCGUUGUUGGCCUACCACGAGCAACAAGGGAUCGUGACCGAGGCCUACUCGAGUCUCUACCCCCUGACCCAUCAAUCCGGCGGUCCGCUCGACAAGCCCCUCCGCAAGAUCGCCCAGGCUCAUUCGGGUGAGAAGGUCGAGGUUACGGAGGCCGAGGUCCUGUUUGCCUGGGCGAGGAGCAAGGGAGCGGUGAUCGUCACGUGAGUUAAAGGGUUGCUCCACCGUUCCAUUCAAUCAGAUAUCUGGAGACCCUCCACUUUUGAUCUCCAGCAUUCGAGGACUAGCCAGCUGAAUAUGUCUUCGCUCGAAUUCUCUGCCAACCAGGACGACACGCUCGAAGGAACGUCUGCAUGCCUACCUUCGCGCGGGCGACUUGGAGCUGACCGAGAAGGAGAUUGCUUCGAUCGACUCUGCCGGAUCGCAGCUCAAGGCGUGGCAGCGUUGGCAGUACGCCAAGCGAGCGGUGGCCUUGGUUGCUGGAUGUGCGGCCGCGCAGUUCGUUUACACGGCUGUUCGCGCGGCAGCGUAG